AUGUUCAUUAUGAGUACAACAACAACACCUAUAAUAUCUAAUACAAAGACAAUAACGAUAUUAUCUCAAGAACAAUUAUUUCUACUUUUUAAAAAUCCAGUUUUGGUUAUUCGAUUCUAUCAAAUUGGUUAUUUGUUUACAUUUCUACUUGGUUUUCCUGGUAAUAUAGCUAGUUUAUUUACAUUCUCACAACCAACAUUACGAAAAAUAUCAACUGGUUGUCUUUUUAUUACUUUGGCUAUUUCAGAUACAUUAUAUUUACUUAUAUGUAUCUUUGAUUUUUUAGAAUUUGGUUUACAAAUUCGUUUCUAUCAUUAUGUUGCAUAUGAUGAACUUUGUCGAUUUCGUUCAUUUAUAAUGAAUGUAGCUCAAGUUUCAUCAGCAUGGAUAUUAGUAAUAGUUUCUAUUGAUCGAUGGAUUCGAACACGAUUUCCAUUUAAAUCAGGUUCAAUAUGUACACCAAAAAAAGCUUUGAUUGCUGUGGGUGUAUUACUGGUGGCAGAUAUUGCUAUUCAUGCUCAUAUAUUAACACCUAUGUUUGGAAUAUUUAUACCUGGUUUUUCAAUCGUAGCAUGUGGACCCACUCUAACAAACAUGCCAUACUUUCAGUUCUACUUUAUGACAUGGAGUAUAGUUCAAAUCUUUACUACUUGCUUAGUACCUGCUGCUAUAAUGUUGGUUAUUCUCAUCGAUAUAUUUAUUAUUGUUCGUGCUCGUAAACGAGUGGCUAUUCGACCAGUUCAAUUCACUUGUUGUAAUAAAAAUAUGAAACAACAAAACAUUCUUCAAAAACAAAUAUUUAUUCUUAUGCUUGCAAGUAUUUGUAUUUUUCUGAUUACUUGUCUUCCGUUGGCGAUAUAUAGAGUACAAUCACCGCGACAAGGAGCUAUGUCACUUACUAUUUUUCAGAUAGUUUCGAUUUGGGCAAGCUUAGGAUGGUUUCAAAGUCUUUUUCAUGCAGUCAGUUUUUAUAUUCAUUGUCUUAGUUCAACAUUUUUUCGUAAACAAUUCAAAGAAAGAAUUAAACGAAUAUUGAAUGGACGUCGACCUCCAGUGAUUCUUAUGGAAUCAACUGCAACAGUUCAACGAAUUCAGCCCCGUGAAGCGCUGACGAAAUAUUAA